AUGCGACAAAAAAGAGCCAAGUCCUACAGAAAACAGAUGCUGGUUUAUCAUCACAACUUCAAAUUCAGAGAGCCGUACCAGGUUCUUGUAGACGACAAGAUAGUUUGUGACACACAUAAAGCAUCCUUUGAUUUGGUGAAGGGUCUACAGCGGACUUUACAGGCCGAGGUUAAGCCCAUGAUCACCCAGUGCUGCAUCCAAGCUAUUUACGACACGAAAGACCAGGAUGCUAUUGAUUUGGCGAAGACCUUUGAAAGAAGACGGUGCAAUCAUCCACCAAAGGAGGCUAAACCUCCUUUGGAGUGUCUUGAAAGCGUUGUUAGUGUCAACGGAGUCAACAAGCAUAGAUACGUGGUGGCGAGCCAGGAUUUAGAAAUCCGCAAUACGUUGCGCAAGGUGCCAGGUGUGCCUAUGGUGUUCAUGAAUCGUUCUGUUAUGGUCAUGGAACCACUCAGUAGGUCGAGUGAGAAGCUUAGUCGGUAUCAAGAAAAACAGAAGCUUUUCAAGGGCCUCAAUGACCCGUCUUUGGCUGGAAAACCGGCUCCUGAGAAGGUAUCGGAAGAAAACGCACCUGCUCCUGGCAGUAAGAAGCGCAAGGGACCCAAGGGGCCCAAUCCAUUGAGCAUGAAAAAGAAGAAGGAAAACGAUACGCCAGAUGAGGCUAAAAAUAAAGUUAAGUCAGACCCUACGACGACAACGACGACAACGACGACAACGGCGACAGAGACGAUAACUAAUGGUUCCACCUCGCGCCGUCGGAAACGCUCUCAUAAGUCGGCAAGUUCCCGUCAGAGAGAAAUUGGUGACGAACAGUCGGACGGCGAGACUAGUCAAGAAAAGAAGUGA